AUGAACGGCGAUGGGUUUUGGGCCCACCUUCCGCUUUCUCUUCAGUCACCCACAUCUGCCGCAACGUGCUCCGGGCCGCGAUCACGAUCUGCGAGAAAAACGACGGGGCACGCCCGUCUCACAGACGUAGUCGAGGUCAAACGAGUCGAGCGUCUCCUCCCCGACGAUGCCCGCCACGGAGCCCACGACCAGCCCAACGAGCCCGACGUGCAAAAUGAAGCACGUUUUGAUGUGCGUGCAGCUCUCUUUGCACGCGUCUGUUGCCGCCGCGAAUGGGAGGCAGCAAUGGAGGCUGCCAGCGGCUCCGGUGGUGUAGCCGAGCACGUCCGACAAGUCGACGAUCAUGAAGAAGGCAAAGAGUCCACUCUUUUUGUACAGAGAUUUUUCCGUACAUGGAUGAAUGCAUUUUAUCGGACCUGUCCGAUGAAGGCAAAGUGGGUUGGAGUGGUGUUUGGUGGCGGCACACCAGUGGAUGAGGAGGAGAUGGGCGGCCCCAACUAG